AUGGCGAAAAAGGAUCGGCGAGCACCGCAAACCGCCAAGCCGCAGAAGAAGGUGAAGUCGCCAGCGGAGAUCACGGCGGAUAAGCUGCGGUACCACAGAGAAUUGGACUCGCGAUGGGCUAUCAUUCGCGAAAACCGGGUCGAGUAUUUUCGCGGCAAGGAUUUUGCAGACCUCAUUCGUAAGCACUCCGAGCUCGCGACGCCCUUGAUCCCCGCGGAAGAUGCCGCGAGCCUUCGCAAGCCGAUUGAAGAGGCCGUGUUUCACGCGCUCGUGGAGGCUCAGCUGGUGGUGCGGUGCGAUCGAGUGGUGAAGACCCUCAGACCCGGCCGGAAAAAGCUCUCCAAGUGGCCUGCGAGGCUGGACUUUCACCAGGAUCAAGCAUUCACGGUGGACGAUGGUUUCUACGCCUGGAUGUACGAGCGCCAGCAGCCCGUAUGGCAGACCAUCCUCUCCUUCCUGCUCCCGGUCUUCACCGUCGCCUGCUGCCUCUUCCCCGUCUUCCCCCACUGGUGCAAGCUCGCUGUACUCUACUUCCUCCUGGGGCUCAUCGCCCUCAUCUUCCUGCUGCUCUUUGUCCGGGUGGCAAUAUUUGGAGUCAUCUGGCUGGCGGUGGGCAAGCGCGUCUGGUUCUUCCCGAGCAUUCUAGCAGAGGAGGGCUCGCUGGCAGAGCUCUUCCGCUUCUGGCCGGAUAAGGACGACCAGCCGCCCGCAAAGAUCACCACGCGCCUGGCGGUGGCUGUGAUGCUGGGGUUCACCUUCUGGCUCAUGGUCACAUAUGCUCCUGACCAAGAGCAACGGGCCAAGUACCAGAAGAAAGUGUCCAACAUCAUUGACGACGUCUUGCAAUGGAAACCGCAGAUGCUUGCAGGGAAGUCAACACCCGCCGCCCCCGCCAAUGCCACGUCAGACAAUCAGACCUCUGCACAUGCCACUGCUGGCAAUUCAACAACUCCCAAUGCAAGUGCAGAGGCAGCUGAUGCCAAGGCAGAUAGCACCAGUGGUGCCAGUACUGGUAGCAGUGGCAGCUCUGAUGCCGGCACUGGGAAGGAGGAUGUAUCAGAACAGGCUUCUGGGGGGGACCAAAUCACCUCACUUCGGACCUUUCCGCGCCACGCGUAUUCGUAUUUGUCAGACACUAUGGCUGACGACGAGCCUGUGGAUCCGAAGCCCGAGAUUGAGGAGGGGUGCCGGCCGAAGUGUGUGAAGCAGCUGCUCGCGUACGAGGCCUGUGUAAAGAGGAUCGAAGGCGACGAGACUGGGGAGAAGCAUUGCACUGGCCAGUACUUCGAUUACUGGGCGUGCAUUGAUAAAUGCUUCCAGAAGGAGCAGGAGUAUUUCAAACAAACGGCGCUGCUUUCAAAGCAACAAAAAGCCAAGGCGGAGGCGAUGCAGUCCGUGUCGUUCCUCUACAUGAAGCCGCCCGGGUACAACGCCGAGAGCGCGCGGGCGGCAGAGCUUGCAGAGGAGGAGAGGGCGAAGCAGGAGAAGGAGGGGAAGAUGGUACUGGAGGGGGGAGGAGUGGGGGAAGGAGGCGGAGGGGAAGGUGGGGAAGGAGAGGGGGGAGGAGGGGAGGAUGGGGGUAUGGGUGCGGAUGGAGCGUUGGUGGUGGCAGAGGCAGGCAAUGAGCCGGACACGGACGGGGGCAAGGAGCAGAAGAAGAAGAAGAAGCCCCGAGCCACGGACGUGUUUGGUCGAGCCGUGCCCACCGGAGACGACUUUGAAGUGCUCAAGAACGCGCCCAGGAUGGAUACAGGAAUCAUAGGCCGGCCUCGCCCCUUCGGGCUAGAGCUGAGGAACGUCAAGUGCGGGCGGUGUGGGGGGAUAGGGCACAGCAGCGGAGAGAGGGAGUGCCCUCUGUUUGACUCCGUCACUGAGAACGACCUCAAGCGCCAGCAGCGGGAGGACCCACUCUCUCACAUACUCGCCCUCAACCGCCCCCAGCCCUUUGGGUGGCAGCUGAAGGAGCAAGGGGCGGGCGGCAUGAGCCCCGUCCGGGGCGGCUUCAAGCCGAACGACGCCAACCAGCAGAUCCUGCCGCCCAGCGACGACGAGAACGAGGGCGUGUUCGAUCAGUACGGGGGGUUUCUUUUAGGAGGAGAGGCGGAUGUAGCAGCAUUGGCCGCAGGUGAUGCUGCUGGGGGGGGGAUCGGAGGGGUGGGAGGGGUGGGAGGUAUUGGAGGGGGAGGGGUACUUAUGCCUGGUCUUGGCUCUUCUGUGUUAGACUCGCUUACGAAGAAGCAGCGUAAGGACAGUGGGAGUGAGAGCAGUGGAAGUGACAGCAGUCGCAGGAUCAAGAGGAAACAGGAACGAGGAGCAAAGAGAAAGUGGUCGCACGAGAGGAAGGGGAGGGAGAAGGAAAAGCAGAGGAGCCGUGAGGAGGAAGGCCCAGGGUUUAAGGAGAAGAAGGAAGGAACUAGCAAGAGUAGGGUAGAGAGCAGGAUAGGGAGCAGAGAGGUCAAGAUUGGUGCUGUGGAUGCUGGUGAGCGUCGUAGUUCGAGAGAAGAGGAGAACGAAGAUGGAGAGGAGAAGGGGGAAAGAGGGAGCAGGCGCAGGCUAGAGGGGAAGGAGGUGAAGGGGGGUGCUGGUGGAAAUGGUGGUGAGGGUGGUGGAACGAGGUGGGAAGAUGAGGUUGGGGAGGAGCGAGGAGGAAGAGAAGGGAUGGAUGGUUACAGGGAAAGGAAGUUGGAACGGAUGGGGAAGGAUGGGAAAGAGAGGAGCAGGAAAGAAGGGAGAGGGGAAAAGAAGAGAGAAGAGGGUUGGUCGAGAAAAGAGGAAGAGAGGGGAGUGGAAGGGAAGAGGGAACAUUGUGGGGGAAGAAGAGAGGAGAGGGGUUGGAGAGUGGAGAGGGAUGAGAGGGAAAGAGAUAGGCGGAGAGAGGGUGACAGGGAUUAUGGUAGAGGGCGCAGGGACAGGGAGGAGCAGGAAAGGAGAGAGCGAGGUGAUUUAGCACGUCGCAUUUCUUAUGCUGCAGCACACGUAGUUGACGUCAUUGCAGUCUCCCCGAAGCUUCCUCACGUCAAAUCCGCCCUGGAGCGGCUUCUCAAAUCCUCCUCGUCCUCCGGCCCCGACCCGAUCUACCACCGUCCGUCUCCGUUCAUCAUCGUCCAAUCAGCGGCGUCCUCGUCUCCGCCGUUCGAAUCUCCGUCAUCGCCCAACUCCCACUCCGCAUCGCCCAACAUGCUCUCUCCCGCAACCUCGAGCAGCAGCGAUCUCUCUUCUAACUCCACCGGACUCGACGUGCUUGCUCCCACCACUCCAUCCACCGGCGCCGGUGUAGUCGACUCAUCCAUGGCGGAUAUGAAAGGCAGCGUUUACGCAUCGGACGAGUUUCGGAUCUACAGCUUUAAGGUGCGGCCGUGCUCGCGCGCGUACAGCCACGACUGGACGGAGUGCCCGUUCGUGCAUCCCGGGGAGAACGCCCGCCGGCGCGAUCCGCGCAAGUUUCAUUACAGCUGCGUGCCGUGCCCGGAUUUCCGCAAGGGGUCGUGCAGGAGGGGGGACUCGUGCGAGUAUGCGCACGGCGUGUUUGAGUGCUGGUUGCAUCCCGCGCAGUAUCGAACCAGGCUUUGCAAGGACGGCACCAGUUGCUCCCGCCGCGUCUGCUUCUUCGCGCACACGUCCGAGGAGCUCCGCCCGCUGCAGAGCCCCGCCGCGGGCACCCCCGCCAACAUGUUUGCGCACUCCCCCGCCGACAUGCGCGCAGUCACCGCCUCCGCCGACCUCCCCCCGCCGUCCCCCUCGUCCGUCCGCAUGAUGUCGCAGUUUGCGCCGCACAGCGCAACCAGCUCCUCCCCCACUACCCCCAUGUCCCCCUCCAUCGCCUCGUUCUCCGCGUCCGGGAAGGGCAUGCCGGGGGGGAGUCAGUCUGCGGGCGGCGGGGGAGGCGCGGGGGGACACGGGGGAAGUGCGCCGAUAAGCCUGUCAUCGGGGGUGAAUCUGAUGCGCCUCCGCGCGGCGCUGAACGCAAGGGAGCUGACGAUUCCGGAGGAGACUGAAGAGGCGCUAGAGGCGCUGGAAGCGUCCUUGCUGCAAGAGCAGCAGCAGCAGCAGCAGCAGCAGCAGGGGCAGCUGCAGCAGCAGAACUCGCCUCUUUCUCGACCGUCGCUGCAGCAGCGGCAGCAACAACAUCAACAGCAACAGCAACAGCAGCAGCAACAACAGCAGCAACAGCAACAGCAGCGUUGGCAGCAGCAGCAGCAGGAGCAGCCAAGAUACUGGAACCAGCAGCUGCAGCAACACCAGCAGCUGCAGCACCACUCUCCGCCGCAGCACAUCCUCCAGGACCACCUGGAAUCCAUCACACGUGCCGACCUAGGCGCUGCGCGAGUCACCUCCGACCUCGGUGAUCUCUCCCUCACCCGUCAGGCUAGAUCCCCGGGCGUGCCUUUCCACCAGCUCCAGGACGCGCCGUCCCGUUAUGAGUCGACUCAGAACUCGCUAGGAAACCCGGGGAGGAACCUGGGCGUGAGUUAUCAGCUUCAAGACGCGCCCUCCCCCGGCCCUAGUAGGGGCGCGCAGCAGCUUUACAGCCCCUUACGCCCGGACGUUCUCAGUGGGGAUAUGGGCGGCGUGGGCGGGGGAGUUGCGGGUAUGGGCAGUGGCGGAAUGGGGAUGGGGAGCGCGGGUAUGGGGAUGGGGGGUGGCGGCAUGGGCAUGGCAAGUGUAGGUGCAGGGGGGCAAAUGGGCGCGAACAGUGUUCCGUCCAGUCCUGGACGAUUAGGCAUGACAUUAUCAGGGGAAGGCUCGCGUCUUGGGCCUGUAAGCGGCUCCUCAAGCCCCUCGCUCCCUGCCCCUAGAACUUAUGGGGGUGCUGGUAGUGAUGCUGCGCCUAGGAGCUAUGGGGGUGUUGGUAGUGAUGGUGGCAUGGGGGGUGCAGAUGGAGGGAUGUUUGGUGCUCUACCCUCUCCGAGCCAGUCUCCUAGGUAUGGUGCUGCCGGGCCUUCUGGCAUGUUCCGAGGCGGGUCGGUAGGACAGGCAGAGCAGAUGAUUAGGCAGCUGCAGCAACAGCAGCAGCAGCAGCAGCAACAACAGCAGCAGCAGCAACAGCAACAGCAACAGCAACAGCAGCAGCAGCAGCAACAGUUCAGGAAUGAAAGCGAACGGGCAUAUGCGCUCUCGUCCUCUCCCCAACCCCAGCCAGUCCACUCUGUGCCCACCUAUGAACCCCGCUUGCUGCCACCCCAGGCAGAAAUGCCCUCCCAGCAGGGAGUUGGUCUUUCUAAAGCAGCAGGGGGUCAGCUUAUAGCGGGGACAGGGAGGGAGGAGGUACAGGAGACGGAUGUGGGGUGGGUGGGGAGUCUGGUUCGGGAUGGGGGAAGUGGUGCUGGGUUUUGA